AUGUUCGUGGCUCAUCGCUUGGCGGAGAUAGAGGACCUCACCAAACAGCAAGACUGGAGAUGGGUGCCUACAGCGCAGAAUCCUGCAGAUGACGCAACGCGCGACGUACCAGAAGACUUCGACUACAACCACCGAUGGUACACCGGACCAAGCUUCCUGAAAAAAGAAAAGGCACAUUGGCCUGCACCAAGAACCUUCAAGAAGACAACCACCGGCGAAGAAAAGGCAGCGGACGUCGCAGCAACAGCACAAACAUCUCAUCCAUCACCAGACCCCGAGAGAUUCUCUUCAUGGAAGAGGCUUUGGCGAGCCACAGCGAGAGUACUGCAGUUCUUACAACUCUGCAGAAAAAGGGAGAAGGUCAACGUCUGCAAAAAUAAUCCCACCUGGAAAAUGGCACAAAGAAAAGGGACGAAGACUGUAGAGAAGCAACACAGAUCUUCGAAAAUAAUAGAAAUGAAAUAUAUACCGCUGGACACCGAACUACUUGAUCAAGCUGAAACUCUUUUGAUGAAAAGAAGCCAAGACAAAAGUUUCAGAGAAGACAUCAAGUGCCUUCAGCAAGGGAAGCAAUUAGAGGGCAGCAGUAAAUUGAAAAGGCUCGACGUAGUACUAGAAGACGGUAUCCUGGCGCUGAAAGGAAGAAUCGACGCACACACAAGACAAAGACAGACAAGACAACAACGAAUUUCAACCCUUCCCUCGGCAUGUCGGACGUGA